UCAAAUGGUGCCUAUUGAUCUGCGUGGCCUCUCCGUCGCCGCUCCUCCCCGCAUCCUCCUCGACCUACCCCCGCCGCCGCCACCGCCUUCGCCGCCGCCACCGCCACCGCCGCCGCCGUUCCCCAUUUCCCCGCCUCCUCCGCUCCCAUCUCCAACCUCAUGAGUUCCCGCUCCGAGCCGCUCCUCUCCGGAUCAACUUCGCUCGCGCAUGGAUUUGAGGAGGCUCGUCCCGGCGGCGAAGCCCUCCCUCGCCGUCCCUUCCGUCGCGCGCCCCCUGAUCAGCUUCUCCUCCAAUGCCCCGUCGCCUCUCAAACCAGACCGCCGCUUCGACCCGCCGCCCGGUGAUCCCCGGCCCGAGCCUCCUCCGAGCCGCCGCCCCGCCGACGGGGGCCCGGCCGGAUUGGCGCCUCCGGUGCUUUCGAGCCGGCGGCUCGAUCGGGGCGUGCUCGAGUCCGUGUCGUCAAUGCUCUCGAGCCCGCGCCUCGCGCAGUCCCAGUGUAGGGCGGUGAUUGCGCGGUUGUCGCCCGUUGAGUUCGAUCGGGUGUUCUUCGCGGUCCGGUCGGAAGUUAAAAUGAAGACCGCCCUCAAGUUCUUUUACGUCGCGGCGCAGUCCUUUAACUUCCCGUUCACCGUCCGGACGUACUGCAUUUUGGUCCUGCUGCUCAUUGAUUCGGACCGGAUGCCGCGCGCCAGAUGGCUAUUGACGGAAUUGAUUCUUGGGAAGCUGCCUGUUUCAAGUGCGAAUCCCGGGAACCGACACGUUGAGUUGGCUGCCGUGUUGGCGGAGCUGAACCUGGUGUCUGGUCCUGAAGUAGGAGUUCGGGCAUUGGAUACGUUAAUACAUGUUUGCUGUACCCAAUUUAAAGAAAAGGGUUCGGGUUAUGCUUUUGAUGCGUUUAGGUUAUUAGCUGAUAAGGGUAUGUUUCCAUCUUUGAAGACUUGCAAUUUUCUGUUGAGUUUUUUAGUCAAAGCGAACGAGCUUGAGAAGUGCUAUGAAGCAUUUGAAGCCAUGCUUCGUGGUGUUGUUCCGGACGUUAACUUGUUUAGCAUUGCAAUCAAUGCAUUUUUCAAAGGAGGGAGAGUGGAAGAUUCCAUCCGGUUGUUUAGGAGAAUGGUAGAAUCGGGGGUAUCUCCAAAUGUGGUUACGUGCAAUAGCAUGAUUGACGGUCUCUGCAAGAACAGGAGAUUAGAUGCUGCAUUGCAGUUUAGAGCGAAGAUGACAGAAAACGGUGUGAAUCCGAAUCUUAUAACUUAUAGCAUUCUGAUUAACUGCCUUAUGAAAUUGGGGAGAUUUGAUGAGGCCAAAAUUUUCAUGGAAGAAGCUUCUGACAGAGGGUUUGUUUUGAACCAUGUUGUAUACAACCCUCUGAUAAGUGGGUAUUCUAAAGCAGGAAAAAUCGGCAAGGCACAGGAGAUUAUUAAGGAUAUGACAUCCAAGGGUAUUAGUACUAAUCCAGUAACUUUAAAUUCUCUUUUACGGGGUUAUAUCAUAAAUGACCAGAUGGAGAGCGCUGAGAUCCUUUUGGAGGAGAUGCUACUGAAGGGGCUAGCCGUAAAUCCCGGUGCUUUUAAUUCAGUGGCUAGCUGGUUAUGUAGCAGUUCUAAAUUCAACCGUGCUCUGAGACUUAUGAGGGAAAUGUUAUCAAGAAAUUUAAAGCCCAAUGAUGCAGUGUUGACCACAUUGCUUGGUGGACUUUGUAAAGCUGGAAAAAUUUCAGAUGCAGUGGAACUUUGGUUCUCGCUACUGGGAAAAGGAUUUACAGCCAACACCGUCACAUCAAAUGCUUUGAUUCAUGGACUUUAUAUAGCUAAUAAUAUGGAAGAGGCUUUUAGGAUCCUCAAGAAGAUGGUAGAAAGCGGUUUGGUCUUGGAUAUAAUAACAUACAACAUACUCAUCUUGGCUUUUUGUAAGAAUGGAAAAGUCGAGAAAGGUUUCAAGUUGAGGGAUGAGAUGGCUAAGAGAGGCAUUCCGGCUGACAUCUUUACCUACAAUUUGCUACUACAUGGUCUUUGUGAUAUGGGUGACAUAGAGAGAGCUGCUAAUCUCUGGGAUGAAUGCAAAAGUGCUGGUCUGACUCCUGAUAUCUACGCUUACGCAAUCAUGAUGGAUGGUUACUGCAGAGCUGACAAACUUGAAAAAGCAGAAAAGCUUUUCAAUGAAUUGGUCACGAAAAAAGUGCAACUAAACUCUGUUGUCUAUAAUAUACUGAUCAGAGCAUAUUGCAGGAAUGGAAAUACUUUGUUGGCCUUGCAGCUGCGUGAUGCAAUGAGAACUGAGGGCAUUCCACCAACUUCUGUCACUUAUGGUACCCUGAUGCAUGGAAUGUGCAUGAAUGGUUCUGUUGAGGAAGCGAGAUCCCUCUUAAGUGCAAUGAUCAAGGAGGGUGUCCAGCCAGAUGUUUUCUGUUGCACCACCAUCAUCGAUGGCUAUUUCAAGCUAGGCCAGAUGGAUAAGGCUGAGGCUGUGUUGCUGGAAAUGUCUUCAAAUAAGAUACACCCCAAUAAAGUUACAUAUACUGUGAUGAUUAAUGGAUAUCUUAGAUGUGGUGAUAUGAUAAAAGUAACUAAGUUUCUGAAUGAGAUGGCAGUAAAUGGGAUAGCUCCUGAUAUCAUUACUAGCAAUGUCUUGGAAAAUGGGUUAAGUAAACUCGGGAAGGCAGAUGAAGUUUCUGAAAUGUGCGAUCAGGUGUGUGGCAGAGGAUUACUGUUUGAUGAAAUCACAUAUACCACGUUGAUCAAUGGGUGGCUUCAGAGGCCAAAUAUUAGAUAUCCAGGGCCAUGAGGAAGAAUCUUGUGCUUAAGCAACUGUGAUUCUGGAACAAGCUCUUGGUCCAUCUGGAAUUAAAAUUUACAUGGAUUUUCUGAGUUGACAUUGUGGGACAAAGCUUGGUAGUCAUUGGGAUUGUUGCCAUGCCUUCUCAUAAGUUGAAUUAUGUCAUAAGCAUCACACUUGGGAGUCCAAAGCUGACUUUUGACCCUUCAUCUGCCAUUGGCUCUGCUACAUGUUCAUUUGGUGAAUUUCGACUAUGUGCUUGUCCUAUAGCAUAUGCUGAAGUAACGAUCAUUUGAUUUGGAUCUGUCACCAUGCUGCACGGACUGAGCAUCAUCAACCUGAUGCGUGAACAAAUUGCCGCUCCUUAGAAUUGACAACACUGGAUUGCGUCCAUGAUUUGGUGCCCAUUGGAGGUUCGCCUGAUGACCACACUAGAGCUCCUCCUGCACAGUUGAGAUUACAAAUAUUUUCAGGCGGCCCUGUUGCUGAUUUAGUCGGACUUAUGAGAAGACGGAACAGAGCGGCGUGAACACAUCUGAAAGAGUGAACGGCCCAAGGGCAGAGCUUCCUCGCCAUGAAAAGUGGCCGCAUUCGGAUUCCAGUGUCAUGCCGUGGGGGGUCCUGUUCGGCUAUUAUAGAGCUCGAUCCCUUGCCUCGCCAUCCGUGUCGCCGCGAGCAACGAGUGCCAAAGGAAAGCAAAGUUUUCGAUUUAGCCCAAGGUAUUCUCACAGAGAGAGAGAGAGAGAGAGGGAGGGACCAUUACAAGGGUCGGUUCGGAAGCUAAACGACAUUGCACGAAAAGCGGCGGACGGACGGGUAUUGCGACGACGACUGCACUCCAGCCAGAGCCGCCCCUCUUUUUUUCCGAUACGCUGCACCGUACGGCAGGGUCAAUCGUAUAAUUUGCAUAGCUGUGUGGAGCCGUGUAUGUCACUUCAUUCUUUACGAUAAGAAAGAUAGCAGGAAACAUGGAAAUAAAAGAAAAAUCCGAUUUCAUUUGUUCUUUUAAAUAAUUUGACUCUGUCAAAGCAAAUUUCAUUGGCUUUUGAA